AGUCAGGCACGCAGGUUGGUGACGUCUAAUGUCCGCGACUCGUCAUCAAUCGCUAACGACAGAAAGGCAGCGACAUUUCCGUCAAAAAGGUCGACAUUAUAAACCCGUUUUUCUUUAGUGGUGAAGCUACACAACAAUCAUACUACCGUGCAAUUACUGCCUUUGGAGUAAAAGAGGAAGAGUUACCAAACACAGGUGACCGCGUCGAUCUGAGCAUGGCGGCUAGAUGGGACGAGCACCAGGCUUAUGAUGAGCUUCUGCACUGGGACAACUUCAUCCAACAAGGCCACCGGUUACGCCCGCAUGAAUUUGACAGAUAUGAGGAUCUGCGUUACUGGUACGACUGCCGGUGCUACGAGGAGGAGCUGAGACAUUACCACGACUACAUUUCUACAAUGGAGACAACUGUCGAUAAUCAAUAUAAUAAGGUUGGUUCACCAAACCAGAUGCACUCUGGGCCAAACGACCGCCGUGUGAUGGCCAAACACUCUGAAAUCUAUCCCUCUGCUGAGGAGCUAGAGGCGGUGCAGACAAUUGUCUCACAUGUGGAGUGUGCACUAAAGGUUGUAUCUGAGAAAAUGGAUUCCCAGAAUAAAGGAACUCAAGAGGACAAAAGCGCUAAUCCACAAAAACGUAUAAUGCACGGCAUCAUGAGGGUGGGCCUGCUGGCCAAGGGACUCUUGCUCAAGGGAGACAUGAACCUGGAAUUGGUGCUGCUUUGUUUCACCAAGCCAACCAUCACAAUGCUUAACCAAGUGGCUGAGAGUCUAAGAGCCCAGUUAGAGAUUGAGUCAGCUGGUUUGUACACAGUGGGUCCUUGUCCGAAGGAUGCAACCAUCAUAGUGGAAAGCACCAAGGCGCUGGCCCUGACUCUCACCCUUCAUCUCACGUCGCCCCAAGUCAGGGUGGAGGCUCAAGAAGAAGAAUUGCGAACAGACAACGAUCUGCCGGACGUUCUGGACAGACAGAAAUGCCUAAGUUCCUUGGCGUCUCUCCGCCACGCCAAGUGGUUCCAGGCCAAAGUCAAUAACCUGAAGUCUGCCGUUGUUGUGAUCCGGGUCUUGAGGGAUUUGUGUAUUCGUGUUCCUACCUGGGCACCACUCUCAGGAUGGCCUCUUGAAUUGCUUGCAGAGAAGGCCAUCAGUACAUCUGAGAGGCCACUGGGCCCAGGCGAGGCUUUCCGCAGGGUUCUUGAGUGUCUUGCCUCUGGAAUCCUCUUGGCUGAUGGUCCUGGAAUAAAAGAUCCCUGUGAGAAGGAACCUGUUGAUGUCCUUGGAAGUCUCACCCAGCAGCAGCGUGAAGACACAACUCAGAGUGCUCAGUUGGCAUUAAGACUGUGUGCCUUUGGGAUGAUGUACAAAGUUUUGGGGAUUGAAGCUAAACCUGGUAGGCCUUGGAAAAAUCUAGGAGCCAAUGCAAAAAUCUUCCCAGCCCAAGUAGACCCGGCUGGACCCACUCUACCGGCAAAGAGAUCCUACACCGAAAUGGCAACAGGAAAGGAUGGGUCGUCAUUAAAUAGCAAACAGAGGAAGUUCCUCAAAUUCCAGAAGCGGUUUCCUCGGAAAUCAUUGACAGAUGAUUUGACCAUGAACGCUGUGAUGCGUCUGAACCAGUACCGGCCAGGCCUGGAGUACCGCCUCACAUCUCAGACAGGUCCAGUCCACGAGCCAGUCUUCACCAUGGCUGUCGAUGUAAAUGGGAAAACCUAUGAGUCCACUGGACCCUCAAAACGAACAGCCAAGCUUAAUGUAGCCACUAAGGUCUUGCAAGAUCUCGGUCUUCCAACAGGCUCAGACACUAAGUCCGAGUCCAAAGCUGAGGAUGGCCAAGAAGUAACAUCUACAAGUGCUUCUGCUGCAUCAGAAGAUAGUGCUCAGGGUCCUAUCUUGACCAAGAAUGGGAAGAACCCUGUCAUGGAGCUGAAUGAGAAAAGACGCAGUCUUAAGUAUGAACUAUCUGCCGAGACGGGCGGCUCUCAUGAGAAGUGCUUCGUCAUGGAGGUGGAGGUUGAUGGACAAAAGUUCAAAGGGAGGGGGUCCAACAAGAAGGAGGCAAAGGCCUACGCUGCCCUUUCCGCUCUGGAGAAGCUCUUCCCAGAGACCCCGCUCAUGCCCAAGAGAACGUCAAAGAAGCUCACUUACACUGACAUGCACAUCCCAGGCUUCGGCACUAUUCGUGGGAUCCCUUCAGAUUCCGGAGCACCCGACUGGGGCCCUGGCAGAGGUCGAGGGAGAGGCAGAGGCUUUUCUUCAGGACCCGUUUACAACAAGACCAACUACAGUUAUGAGAGCAAAUCCAGUCAAGGUUACCAUAAACUGUAUGGUAACAAUGGAGCCGGGACCACAGUUGCCACCAAAAGUGCUGCCACUGUUGAUUCUGUCAGCACAGUCGGCACUACUGGCUACGGCACAUUUUACCCAGAGACCAGCGCCACCACCUUUUCCUCCCCGCCCGUCUCCAGUACCAGCACAAGCACAGCGGCAAGUUACAAGUCGAUGCCCCCGCCUGCUGACCAACAGAGUCCCUACAGUUAUGGCUAUGGCGAAGAAAAAAAGAAGAUGCUUACUCAAGGCCCGACUGAGGUUUCAGCACAGGGAAGCAACUACACUAUGUACAGCACCACUUACCCCAGCACAGCUCUGGGGAACCAAGUGUAUAAUAAUUAUGGUUGGUCGAACCAGUCAAAUUGGAGCAGUCAGCAGGGUUAUGGCUCCUACCAGCCCUACGGAGGACAAACCCAGACCUCGUUUCCUGGAAACAGCGGCACAAAUUAUUAGUCAUGCUCACGUACAGCCUUUCUCAGCUCACUGGGCCACAAAAGUUCAGUGUUCACCCUUGAUGAGGAUCCCGGCACACCACUUGUGAAGAGAAAAAUCUUUAAAUGUCUCUCAUACUGGAAUGUUGUUUGUUUUGUCACCACAAGUCAUGUUUGCGUUUGUUACAUCUUGUUCCCUGUAAUGUUUUUAAAUAUAGAUUACUGGUUCUGUAUGCCUGUGUCAUAGUUUUGAUUUAAAGCUGUACUAUAACUAUAAGCUUGUUCCGCAUGCAUUUGUCCAGCUGAGACUUUGAGUUACUGUCAGAAACUGUAUGAAGCAUUCUCUUAAUAAAUAACUUUCAUUUUAAAGCAAA